AUGUGGGGGGAUAAUUUGCGUGAGCUCAGUAACACCAUGGAUAGUGAGUUGAAUGCAGUAAAGUCGACAGUUGAAGAUGUUGGGGCGGAUGAUGCGAGAAGAUUAAUUAAGGGUAAGGGCUUCCAGAAGCCCUCUACCGAACACAUGCUGAUUUCGCCCGGUAGAGACGGUUCAGUACCAUUGAAUGGGUUGAAAUCCUCACCAGCAGAUCCACAUUUAUCUGAUGUGAAUUCCAUUUUGGACAAUCACCGGGGAGGUGACGAGACAGCCUUGACGUCUGUAAAUAAUAUUAUCAUGGCCACUUCUGCAAAUGGAGACAGUGAUUACGUUGACGGAGAUAUCAAAAGGCCAUCUAUUUCUAAUUGUUCAUCGAGAUCGUCAUUUUUUGAUACCGUGUUGAGCACAUUCUCUUUAAAGUCAAAUUCACAAGAUACAGUUACGAAUGAAGUUAAGGAUAUAGAGGUUAAAUUUGCAUCCGAGGAGGCUAACAAAAAAUUCCAUCAAAUGUUCAAAUCCUUAACCACUGAAACGAAACUUGUUGCUGAUUAUUUCUGCUAUUUUCAUAGAGAGUUUCCAUAUCAGGGCAGGAUUUACCUCUCCAAUACACAUUUAUGUUUCAAUUCGACUGUAUUAAAUUGGAUGGCCAAGUUACAGAUUCCCUUGAAUGAGAUUAAAUAUUUAGAUAAGGUAACCACCAACUCAAGCGCCAUCUCCGUGGAAACCUUGAGCAACAAAUAUACCUUUUCCGGGUUCAUGGCAAGAGACGAUGUUUUCCACUUGAUUACACGAGUUUGGUCUGAGAAAAAUUUAACCAGUGUUAAUGACGUCUUGGAGGUUGAUGAGAGAAUCUCCAAGUCAAAGAGCAUAACGUCGACUUCUUCUUCUAUAUUCAAUAAUGUUCCUACCAAUGCAUAUAACGAUUUCAUAUCAACAACGACUACUGAACCAACAAGCAGAGCUUCCUAUAUGAGUGAGAACGACAUGAUCAUCGAGGAAGCCAUAAGGUCGGUAGAUGACUACAUGGGCACGCCAGGCGCAUCGCCAACCUCUUCCCCUCCGUCGUCGUCAUCGUCGUCGUCAGCAUCUUCGUUGGGUUCUUCAGCGACAUAUUAUGGUAGAAACGUAUAUAGGUUGAAGCCAAACGCGCCAUUCCAAUACGAUGGGCCGUUCCAUGUGGAAGACACAAUGGAUUUCCCGUAUAAUCCAGAGGCAAAUAAUGAAUACGUACUACUGGAACGUCAAUUUAACGUCCCGCCGGGCCUACUUUUCAUCAUCAUGUUUAAUGAAGAUAAUCCCACUUUUGAAUUGAACUUUUUAAAGACUCAAGAUUCGUCCAACAUUUCACAUGUUGGGACAUUCGAGAAGGUCAAUAAAGAUGGACAGCACUACAGAGAAUUCCAAUACACCAAACAGUUGCAUUUCCCCGUGGGACCCAAAUCUACAAACUGUCAAGUAACAGAGAUUCUUUUACACUGUGACUGGGAAAGGUAUAUCAAUGUUUUAAGUAUAACGAGAACACCAAAUGUUCCGAGCGGUACCAGUUUCAGCACCAGAACAAGAUACAUGUUUCGGUGGGAUGAUCAGGGGCAAGGUUGCAUAUUAAAGAUAAGUUUUUGGGUGGACUGGAAUGCAUCCAGUUGGAUUAAACCAAUGGUGGAGAGCAACUGUAAAAAUGGACAAAUUAGUGCAACGAAGGAUCUGGUAAAGUUAGUGGAAGAAUUCGUGGAGAAAUAUGUGGAACUAAGUAAAGAAAAGGCAGAUGCACUCAAGACUUUGCCGAGUGUUACCUCUUUUGGAUCUCCAAGAAAAGUGGCUGUACCCCAAUUGACGUCAGCACAGCCAGAGUCGAAGCCUGAAGCUGAGAUAGAAAUCUCGAAGAUGGGAGACGACAGAUGGCGGUUCAAUUGGGUAAACAUAGUGAUACUAGUACUGUUAUCACUAAACCUACUAUAUUUGAUGAAGUUAACCAACAAGAUGAAUAGGCUAACGAAAUUGAUGACGCAUAAGGAUGAAGUUGUGGCCCACGCAACUCUAUUGGAUAUACCAGCCAAAGUGCAGUGGUCAAGGCCAAGAAAAGAAGAAGUGUUGUAA